AUGUGGUCUACAGAUCGAGUGGUUCAGAAGAGAUCGCCAGGGGUUUAUGAGGUAGAUACUUAUUCUGCACUAUCUGCAAAGAUAGACUCUUUAUUCCAUAAGGUUGAUAGCAUUUCACAAACCGCCACUGCUAAACAAGUCAAGAAGCCGAGUAGUGAAGAGUGUGGAGCAAACCACAAUACUGUUAAUUGUCCAAUUCUCGCACAAGGGGUCGAACAUGCAGAUUUUGUGCAAUGGGGUCAACGCCAACAAAACAACCCACAUUCGAAAACCUUCAAUCAGGGCUGGAGAAAACAUCCAAACUUCUCGUGGAGCAAUCAGAAUAAAAACAGACCACAAGGUCAAUAUCAGCAGCAGGAUAAAAAGCCACCAUUGGAAGAGAUGUUUGAAAAGUUCGUGGUAACAACCAACCAGCAAAUGGAAGCCAACAAUCAGUUUAUGCGAAAGACAGAUGCAACUUUUCAAAAUCAGAGUGCAGCAAUCAAAAAUUUGGAGACACAAAUGGGACAGAUGGCAAUCUCCAUUACGGGUAGAACACCAGGAAAUUUGCCCAGCAACACUGAAAUCAACCCUAAGGAACACGCAAAGGCUAUAACAACCAGAAGUGGAAUACAACUACCGGAGAUACAUGUCAAAAGAUCGGUAGUUAGCAAGGAAUCAACACCAACCGCGGAUGACGAGAUUGUGGAACAAACUGGACAAACAACAGGGAAUGUGGGCAAGGAGAAUUCCAAUACAUCACGGGAUGCCAUUCCUAUCAACCCUCAUGAACCUCCUAUUCCGUUUCCGCAAAGAUUGAAAAAGCACAAAUUGGAUCAACAAUACAGUAAAUUUCUUGAAGUCUUCAAGAAAUUUCAUAUCAAUAUUCCAUUUGCCGAAACACUUGUUCAGAUGCCAAGUUAUGCAAAAUUCCUGAAGGAUAUCCUCUACAACAAGAGAAAGAUAGAAGAACACGAAACAGUGAUGCUAACUGAGGAGUGCAGAAACUCGGCUUGGGAGAAGCUAAGGCCACAAUGGUUACAUUACAGUUAG